AAAGUUAGUCAGUCCUUCUCUGCAAACAAACCACCUCCCUAUGCUGACUCCCUUCAUCAGCACAGAGAAGCCUGAACCAGAAUACAGGAAUACGUCUCAGCAGAGCACAAGGCAAAGAAAAAUUAAAUCAAAUUCCAAUAAUCAGACAAAUGGAUCCCAGCCAGUCUUUCAAUCAGCCUCCAGGAGCCUGGGAUUCAUCUGAGAAAUCAGCAAUGUUGCAUCCUUCAGCACCACCACUAGCAAACCAGGACAAUCUUGCUGGAUAUCCUCCCUCCUUCCAGUUCCCCCAAGGCCCCUACACCCAGGGACCGUAUCCAGGACAAACUGUGGUUGUUGCACAGCCUGGAGUUUUUGUGACCGUUGCUCCACUGGCCAAUCCAUUGCCGGAUUACUUGGGCUACUCCGUCUUUACCAUGCUGUGCUGCUGUUUUCCUCUGGGCAUUGCUGCGCUGGUUUUCUCCUGCUCUACUCGAAACGCCAACUUCUCAGGACAGCGAGAAUUAGCAGAGAAGAACUCCAAAACGACACUCAUCCUGAAUCAUGCCGCCCUCGGUGUUGGCCUCGUUUUCAUUGUACUGUUGAUUAUCAUCAAUGUUUUAGCUAUGACUUCAUAAAAGCUGAUAGAGCUGUCAUGAUUGGAUGCAGAUUACAAACAGAUAUGAUUCUCUGCAUUGUAAAUGCCAUUUGCUCACUGUAUUAUUAAAGCCUAUGACAUGUGCUUUAAGGCUGAUUAUUGCAUGUUUAGACUUUUUGCUUAUCUUGUAUGCAGCUGUGCUAAUUUGAGUUUUUUUACAUACUGUUUUAUUUUGUAUGUGGGCAUAAUUAUAUCAUAAAUCUGUCUGUCUGUCUUUCAAUGCAUGCAGGCUGUAUCUGUAUCUGUAUCUGACAGUUAAUAACUACUGUGCCUGCCAAUUUAUGAGAAAUUAAUUUUGGGUUACACUAUAAUAAAUCAUUAACAAACAUUA